AUGACGACACCAGAAGGAAGUGAGAAGGGCAUCAGCAUUAAUCCUAACCAACAUGCGGACGGCCAGGCUACCGGGCCCGCCGUCGUCCUUGUUAACAGAAUAGAACUCACUCCGAACGCCGUCGCUGUGGACUUCGAGGGGAAUGCCUGGAUAGCCAGCGACGCGCUGAACCGCCUGACCAGGGUCAAAAGUGUUGGCGCAACCAACUCCAGCGCGACUUCUGAACCAUCGAUUCAAGUUGUCACGAACAACACCGUGGAAAACACUCUAGUUGGGUUGAGCAACCUUGCCAUUGGCGUGAACGCAGAUGUCGCGCAUGGUAGCAUAUUUAUCACCACCCCAGGGGUGUUUCCUUCGUAUGUCGGAAAGGACUGGACAAGUGGGGUUGCCUUGAGCUGGGCGGAUAUUGUGAAUCUGUUAUGA